GGCUUCUGUUUUUUUGUUUGGUCACAAGGGGCUGAGCUGUAAUUUCACUAGGCUUUUAGAUUAGUUUUGCAUUUGAUUCAAGUUUGGGUAUAGAUUUGGGAUUAAAAUCAAGUUGUGGGUUAGUUUUGGCAAAAAUCCCAUAAAUCAAUCUCGAAAUUUGAAUUUAAUAUGCUAAAUAUCACUAAAUAAACCUCGUAAAAUAAAUAUAUAUCACUAAAAUAACCUCGUAAAAUAAUAUACUGAAUAUAAUAUAUAUAGGCGGCACAAUACAAAUAGUUAGUUAGAGGAAUCUACAUUAAGCAGCAAGAAGUAUGUUGCCUUUUGUCAAUUUAAUUUAAAAUCCUGCAGCAGUGCACCUCCACCAAUGUUUUCUUUCCUCAUAAAAUGAUUAAUUGGUAGGAAUAACUCUUUGACUUACAUUUUUUUAGAAAGAAAUUGCAAAUAUAUUUUUCUUGUGAGCUUCAUCAAUAUAACAAACAGAAAAUUUGUAGAAAACAGAACAAAAAUCUUGCAAAUAAGGGGCAGAAUGACUUUGUAAAUUAAUAUAUAUAUAUAUAUAUAUAUAUAUAUAUAUAUAUAUAUAUAUAUAUAUCUAGUUGAAAUUUUCAGAAUGAAUAUGUAUAUAAUAAAAUACAUGGAGCCAAAUAGGUGGCAGAGUAAAAUAAAAUAAUUAAUAAGAGGAUACGUUAAGCAGCAAGAAGUAUGUUGCCUUUUGGACAAUUAAUUUAAAAUCACACAGCUAGCACAUCAGUUUAACACCUCCACCAAUUAUUUCUUUCCUGAUAUAAUGAUUUACGGAAGAUAACUCUUUGACUUAGAAAUUUUAGAAACAUAUUUUGAAAAAAAAAAUAAAAAAAUUUGAGCUUCAUCAAAGUACUAAACAGAUUUUUUUAAACAAAAACAAAACAAAAAUAAUGCAACUCGUUAUUUGUGUGUGUAAUGAGCAAUACCUAAAGAACAAAUAUAAUUCAUGGCUGAUUUUUUUUUUACCACAGUGAAGUUAUAAAUAAGUUUCUCCAUAAUUCAGUAGAAGGAGAUCCACGCGAUAUCAAAGGCAAUGAUAUUGCUAAUCAACAAUUAAGGAAACAAUAAAACAAAAAAAAAAGAAGAAAAUAAAUAUUAAAUUCAUUAAGGAAAAGGGGUGAUAAAUGGAGAGUCUACGCGUUGGGACCCACAAAAACUAAACGGCGAAGACAUUCUUCGUUUCAUUGGUAUAUAAACAGGACUCGUAUCGACUCUGCAACACACAGCCUGCUUCACCUGAUUCUCCUUCUUACUCCUUUCUUGUCGGAAUCCGUAUGAUCGAGUGAAACGGUCGACACAGCUGUCGUUUUAGUGCUACUUCUCAGGCGCCAUUUGAAAGGUUUCUUACGUGAAGAAAGGGAGAGAUGUCGAGUCUUGAGAAUAUCAAGAACGAGACUGUUGAUCUGGAGAAAGUUCCAAUAGAGGAAGUUUUCCAGCAGCUAAAAUGUACGAAGGAAGGUUUGACGACUCAGGAAGGGGAAGCCAGAGUUCAGAUCUUUGGCUUGAACAAGCUCGAAGAGAAGAAGGAAAGCAAGAUUCUCAAGUUUUUGGGGUUUAUGUGGAAUCCUCUUUCAUGGGUCAUGGAAGCUGCUGCGAUCAUGGCUAUUGCUUUGGCCAACGGUGAUGGUAGGCCUCCGGAUUGGCAGGACUUUGUCGGUAUCAUAUGUCUUCUCGUCAUCAACUCUACCAUCAGUUUCAUCGAAGAGAACAACGCCGGUAACGCCGCUGCUGCUCUCAUGGCCGGUCUUGCUCCUAAAACCAAGGUUCUUAGGGAUGGGAAAUGGAGUGAACAAGAAGCUGCUAUUCUUGUCCCUGGAGAUAUCGUUAGCAUUAAACUUGGAGACAUCAUCCCUGCUGAUGCUCGUCUUCUCGAAGGUGAUCCUUUAAAGGUUGACCAGUCUGCUCUUACCGGAGAGUCCCUCCCAGUGACCAAGCACCCUGGUCAAGGAGUUUUCUCUGGCUCAACCUGUAAACAAGGAGAGAUCGAGGCCGUUGUUAUCGCCACAGGUGUUCACACCUUCUUCGGUAAAGCUGCUCAUCUUGUGGACAGCACAAACCAAGUUGGACAUUUCCAGAAGGUUCUCACAGCCAUUGGGAACUUUUGUAUCUGUUCCAUUGCCAUCGGUAUGGUGAUUGAGAUUCUCGUCAUGUACCCUAUCCAACGCCGAAAGUACAGAGACGGGAUUGAUAAUCUCUUGGUCCUAUUGAUCGGUGGUAUCCCUAUUGCUAUGCCUACGGUCUUGUCUGUCACCAUGGCUAUUGGCUCUCACAAGCUUGCUCAGCAAGGUGCCAUCACCAAGCGUAUGACUGCCAUUGAGGAAAUGGCUGGGAUGGAUGUGCUGUGCAGUGACAAAACCGGGACGCUAACUCUCAACAAACUGAGUGUAGAUAAAAACUUAGUGGAGGUUUUCUGCAAGGGUGUGGAGAAAGACCAAGUUCUUUUGUUUGCGGCUAUGGCUUCAAGAAUUGAGAACCAGGACGCCAUCGAUGCAGCCAUGGUUGGGAUGCUUGCUGAUCCAAAGGAGGCCCGAGCUGGAAUUAGAGAAGUUCACUUCCUUCCGUUCAACCCUACUGAUAAGAGAACUGCUUUGACUUACAUCGACUCUAGCGGUAACUGGCACAGAGUCAGUAAAGGUGCUCCUGAGCAGAUUCUUGAACUUUGUAAAGCCAGCAAUGACCUUAGCAAGAGGGUGCUCGAUAUUAUCGAAAAGUAUGCCGAGCGUGGUCUUAGGUCGUUAGCUGUUUCUCGCCAGACGGUGCCAGAGAAAACAAAGGAAAGCCUUGGUAGCCGAUGGGAGUUUGUUGGCUUGUUGCCACUAUUUGAUCCCCCAAGACAUGACAGUGCUGAAACCAUUCGAAGGGCUUUGCAUCUUGGUGUUAACGUCAAGAUGAUCACUGGUGACCAACUUGCUAUUGGAAAGGAAACUGGUCGCAGACUUGGAAUGGGAACAAACAUGUACCCGUCCUCGGCUCUUCUCGGUAACCACAAGGACCCAGCACUUGCCAAUAUUCCUGUUGAGGACUUGAUCGAACAGGCUGAUGGUUUUGCUGGAGUCUUCCCAGGUUAUUAUCUUUUAUUUAUAAUUAUGUCAAUGCAAAGGUGGUUGGAUACCUUAGAUCUAAGCUUCUUUGCUUUGGACACUGCAGAGCACAAAUACGAAAUCGUGAAGAAGUUGCAAGAGAGGAAGCAUAUUGUUGGAAUGACUGGUGAUGGUGUCAAUGAUGCUCCUGCUUUGAAGAAAGCUGAUAUUGGUAUUGCUGUCGAUGAUGCUACGGACGCGGCUCGGGGUGCUUCAGAUAUCGUUCUCACUGAGCCUGGACUCAGCGUUAUCAUCAGUGCUGUCCUCACCAGCAGAGCUAUUUUCCAGAGAAUGAAGAACUAUACUAUAUAUGCGGUCUCAAUCACAAUCCGUAUUGUGCUUGGUUUCAUGCUUAUUGCUUUGAUAUGGAAGUUUGACUUCUCAGCAUUUAUGGUUCUGAUCAUUGCCAUUCUUAACGAUGGUACCAUCAUGACAAUUUCAAAGGACAGAGUCACGCCAUCUCCCACACCUGACAGCUGGAAACUUAGAGAAAUUUUUGCUACUGGGGUUGUGCUUGGAAGCUACCUAGCCGUCAUGACUGUUGUUUUCUUCUGGUUGGCAAACGAGACAGACUUUUUCUCGAACGUGUUUGGUGUGAGGUCCAUCAAGGGUAAUGAGCACGAGUUAAUGAGUGCAUUGUAUCUACAAGUUAGUAUCAUUAGUCAAGCUCUAAUCUUCGUCACAAGAUCAAGGAGUUGGUCGUUUGUUGAACGUCCUGGAGCGUUGCUGAUGAUUGCUUUCCUCAUUGCACAACUGGUUGCCACUUUGAUUGCGGUCUACGCCAACUGGGAGUUCGCAGAGGUUAGAGGUAUUGGAUGGGGAUGGGCUGGAGUUAUAUGGCUAUACAGUAUUAUAACAUACUUCCCACUGGACAUUCUCAAGUUUGCCAUUCGCUACAUCUUGAGUGGAAAGGCUUGGCUCAACAUGACUGAGAACAGGACGGCUUUAACGACCAAGAAAGGUUUCGGAAAAGAAGAGAGGGAGGCUCAGUGGGCAGUUGCUCAGAGGACACUUCACGGUUUGCAGCCAAAAGAACCUGUUCACAUCAUUCCUGAGCAAGGAACUUACAGAGAAUUGUCUGAGAUUGCUGAGCAAGCCAAGAGAAGAGCUGAGAUCGCUAGGCUUAGGGAGCUGCACACACUCAAGGGACAUGUGGAAUCAGUAGCGAAGCUAAAGGGUUUGGACAUUGAAACUCCAGGACAUUACACAGUGUAAUUUACACUGUCUAGUCACGCAAAGAAGAGCAAACCAAACAUAUGAUUGAUCUUUUUCCCUUGUUUCUGUUUUCUAUAUUUUUUAUCCUUUUCUUCACGACCUCUUGAGGUUAUUGUGAGAGAGCUUGCUAUGUUUAGCAAGAACAAGCCUAUUAAUUUCAAGUUUGCAAGAGAAUAAAAUUCUUGAACCCACCAAAAAAGUAAUAUUUUGAAACUUUAUAAAUGAAAAUGUUUUUUUUUAUUUGUGUCUAUUACAUAUCACUAUAAGCUCUUUAUAUAUAAAGCUCAAAAGCAUAAACGUACAAACCUAUAAAAUUAAAAGAAAACACCCAAAACAUAAAUAUGUAAAUCUGUUGAAAAAGAAAAUAAAGAUGAAAUCUUUUUUUACAGUUUUUCACUUCCAAAGAAGAGCAAACCAAACAAUUGAUCUUUUUCCCUUGCAUUUGUUUUUUUUUUCUUUUCCUUGAGGUUAUUGUGUGAAAUCUUGCUAUGUUUAGCAAGAGCUAAGUCUUUUAUUCAAGUUUGCAAGAAUAAAAUUCUUGAACCUACCCAAAAAUAAAAUUUUCGAACCUUUUAUUAAUGAAAAUCAUUUCUAAAAAUUUGUGUCUAGUACAUCAAAAGCUAUAUACAUAAAUCUCAAAGUAUAAGAUAAAAAAAAGAAGUAAAUUCAUAAAUAUAAAAACCUGUAAAAUUAAAAGAAAUAACCCAGUAACUUUUUUUUUUUUCCCUUCAAGUGAUUAUAUUAUCAAACGAUGAAACAUACAUGACCAACGGACUAAGAUAUGCCGUGGUUAGCUAAUCCGACAGACAACACAAUGUCUCCGGAACCUAGAACCCAUAAAGGACAACAGAAGCCCAAACAAUAACAAACCAGAGCACUUACAGACCAACAUUUUAAGCUGAGUAACAAGACUCAUGGACCACUGAUAGCACGCUCAACAAAACAGAGAAAUCUAAAAGAUAGAGAGUCUAUGAAAGUUGUUAAACGGGAAUGCCCCUGGCCAAACCACCGUAAAACCACUCCCUCCUAGUACAACGAGGAUACACCUCAAGAACCAAGUAACACAAGCUUCACAAACCGGUAAGGGAGAACCUUCAGAUUCAAUCAACCUCCGGAAACAGAUGAGUCGUACAAGACUGAGAAACGCCAAGUAAUGAAGCCACACCAAAAUCAAAUCUCCACAAGAUCUGAACCAGCAACUAGGAGCCAAGCCCACCUAAUCCGGAGCACCAAGAGCACAGGCCACGAACGGCAUAAAGACGGAUCAGAGGAAUCCACGACAAACUCCACCCACUUAGAUUAAAACUGAAAAGGAGAGAGCCACACAAGAAAUCCAGAGAUAUGCAACACAACAAAAUUCACCAAAUCCAAGCACAGAUUUCUAAACAAAAGCCUUGUGGCUAAACCACACCG